UGAAAAAGUGAAAAAAAACAAGUGAACAGAUAAACAACAGACAAAACCAAAAGCACACACAAAUCUCGUAACAAAAGUCUCCCUGAAGCCGGACCUGAUGCCCGGGGAUUCGCAAAACAUGUGUGGGAGUGUGUGUGCAAAAAAGCUUCCCCCAGUGUGCGUGUGUGUGUAUACAUGUGCGAAUUAGUUGCUGUGGCUCGAUGAAGCGUCGACGGUAGCUAAUGUUGUCGACUGCAGUGAAGUUGGGCAGUGGGCCAGGGCCCAGCCCAGCCCGCCUAGCGUGGGAAAAACCGGAUGAAAACCUCCUCCUGGCAAUGGCCAGGGGAGCUACAACUCAACGGUGCAGGAUUGUAGUACUCGGCAAGUGAUAAAACCGACUGCUGCUGGAUGCUGUGUAGCUUGCCUGCGCUAAACUGUUCACAAAGCGCCUAAAUGUAGGCAAUCGUUUGUUAGAAGAGUGAAACAGUUGCAUCGGUGGUGGCGGUGGUGAUGAGAAUGAAUGCUCAAUAAAACGAAAAACCAUCAUUGUUGAGUCAAUUAGUGUAUUUAGCGUCCCGAAAAUCGUUCCCGUGUUCAUGACAACUCGUAAGCAAUUCCCAAUGAUAGGUUUUAAUCCAGUGCAGUGCUCCAACCUGACCUAAGUAUUUGUGAGUGUAAGUGUGUGUGUGUGUGAGUAUGUGUUUUAUGUUUAGUGUGUAAAUGUGUAUAAUGCAGUGCAAAAAAUACGACUUAAUAUCAAAUGUUCAUACCUAAAUGUAAGCAAAAAAAAAGAAAGAAAGUCGUUCCAUGUGAAGCGUCAAAUUCCUUGGCUCAGUGUGUAAUGUGUGUUCGCGAAACCAACACACCGUCACGCCAGUGAAUAUGAGCAGCACGGAAAAGCCCGUCAGCAAAUUUGGCCGAGGCAGCGCAAGCGGCUACCAACAAAAUCCAGUGCUUCCGGGAAUGGGCAGGUUAAAUUGAAUUAGUAUCAGCAGGGAAAAUCCCGUCCCACUCUACAUUGACGAACCGGUGCGUCCAGUGUGUGCGUGUGUGUGUUUGUUUGUUGGUUAAUUUCCCCCCUCAAAGUGUAGCCAAAAAAAGAAAGCGAAGGUGUUGAGUGCAAAUCGGUGGGAAAUUCCUUCCAGCUCCGUGCGAAGGGUGUAAAUUUAAAUUUACACGAAGGUGAAAUAUAUCCUCUGCUUCCGUCACGGAAACGUCAUCCCGGGCCGAAAACAUGCCGUUCGGUCGGAAAUCCCCGCUGGAGGCACUGGCCAUGCCCGGUGCCAUUAUUGCGUACAAAUACAGCCAGUUCCGGCAGCGCCGCCGGGAGGCAGCGAAUCGGCGCGUGACGGAACGGGAGCUGUCGGCACUACACACGAAAAUUGAAAAACUGCUCAGCAAGCUCGAAGAGAGCGAACUCGAACCGCCAACAUCGCAGGAGGACGAGUGCGUCAUCUGCAUCAAUGCGCGGGCAACGAUGCAAACGUCCCCGUGUGGCCACCGUGUCGUGUGCCGCCGGUGCUUCGUCAAAACGAUCCAAAGUGCCGUCGCGCAACGGUUGCUCCCUUUGCGCUGUGUUAUCUGCAGGGCGAGAAUAAAUCGUCUUACCUCGGGCUCGACUUCCUGGCGCUUGCAAGGUUCGGCCAGCACGUACUCGAUGGGCAGCAAGAGCUGGAGCGUCCCCGGGUCCGCCAGCUCGUACAGCGUCGAUGCGCGGGUCACCCAGUCCGCCAGCCUGUACUCGAUGAGCUCCGGGUCGUCGUGCGUGUCCGGUAUCUCGAACAUGUCCAGCUGCUCCGGCACGUCCGGCACGUCCGGUAUGUCUUCCACGUCGUCGACGAGCGGCACCACGGAUGGGUCGCUGCACGGCCACAGCCAUCGGCAUGGGGCGGGGGCCGGCGGUUGCACCAGCAGCUGCAGUACGAGCGGUUGCCUCGGUGCAGUGCCGCGCAAUCCCGCCUACCAGCACUACCACAAAAAGGGACAAUACUACAUGAAGAGCCGUAUUCCGGAGAUGCCAAAUCGGUUGCCACCGAUCAUUGAGUUCAAGAGCCCCACACGCCACCGGACGCCUUCCCCUGCCAAUCCGGGCGCUCGGUUUAAAUACUACACCCAACCGGGCAAACCGGCGAACCCGGUCGAAUCAAUACCACUGAUGACGGUAGAAAAGAUCGGCAGCAUCGGUGGCGGCGGCGGCCCAGCCAGCAAGUCCGGCCCUUCCAAGCUCGGGCUGAACGCGAAAAUCGCACCAGUCGCUUCCAAAUCGCCCAUCAACAAAACGAACAUGGCCACCGGGAAACCGGUCACCACGUCGCUCAUAACGGCCGUCAACAGCUCCACGCCGAAGGCACGCGUACUGUCCGCUUCCUCGGCCACGGCCGGCCCUUCCGGGCUGGGCAGGGCGGGCAGUGGCAGUGGUGGUGGCAGCAACAAGGGCGGCGUUGAUAGUGGCGUUGGGAUGGGUUGCAGCAGUACCAGCUCGUUGGCCACCAGCGCCAGCGGCAGCAAGCAGGACGAAAAGUACGACAAUAAGAAGAACGAAACGAUCGAGAAGAAGAAGAAGGAGGAAAAGGCCAAACAGAAGGCGGAAAAGGAGGCCCGAAAGGAGGAAAAACGUAUUGCCAAAGAGGAGGAAAAGCUCGCCAAAAUGCUUGCGAAGGAGGAAAAGAAGCGGGGCAAGCGGGAGGCAAAGGAGGCGCUGCUUGCCCACGAAGGUGGAAAUGGGUUGAAGUAAGGAUGGGGAAGAAGAGUACGGCAAACAAAACACAAUAAAAAGCAUAGCUUCCAAAGCAAUCGAGCAAAGGAGAUAGUGGAAAAAAUACAGCAAAUUGCACAUGAUUAGACGUGAAACGUGGUUUCAGCGAAGCUUUUUUUAAAACAGUUUGUGGAUAGAGAGAGAGAGAGAGAGAGAGAGAGAGAGAGAGAGAGAGAGAGAGAGAGAGUAAGAGAAGGCGCUGUGGCGGGUUUUGUUAUCCAGCAUGUUUAAUCAACUGCCGGUUCUUGAUUCGUUCGCUUUCUUUCGAAACUAAUCCCCCAAUACCCCACAACAGUUUGGAUCAUAUUGAUUCAUUUAGUGCAAUUGAAUUGCCAACCAGGGCUCUGUAGUAGCAGGUUUUUUUGUUAUGUUUUAUUUUUCUACUUCUUUUUCGUGCUCGUUUUCUUUGCAAUUGUGCUAAUCAAGGAAAAACAAGUGAAAAGUUUAAUUAAGUGAGGUUUUUUUUAAAGAGCAAACAUAAUCUCUAAGUGGUUUAAAAACUAGCUGUAAAGCUAAAUAAUGGUUACGAGAAACAGAUUAAAAAGCAAAGGUAAGGCAAACACUCCGAACGCGAUAUCAAAUCGGUAAUCGCAAAGCAAAAUGCCGUUUCAAUACAGAGUUAUAAACAGUAGGUAAAACACGCAAACAUAUCACAUUCAUCCCACGUAGAAAUAAAAAAUGAAAGAAAAGAAGAAAACAAACAAACAAGCUAUCAAAGAAAGGAAGAAGAAACAAGAAGGGAAUAAAAGGGAAGUGUUUCAAAGCGUUCAAUAUUAGUUCUCUGGUGUGUAUCACUAUCACUUCACUUGUUAACAAAAAAAGGAAGCAAGAAUGAAAAAAACAGUAGAGAACAACAGCAAGCUGCUUGCGAUGGCAAUAAGUGUAAAAUCUAUGUUCCUAGGUCGAUUCGAUUCGUGCGCAAAAAAGGUGAACAUAAGGAGCAACGAAAUAACAUGCCGAAGCGCGUAGAUAAUGCCACUCUAUUUUACUGAUACUUUUGAAUGUCCCCUUUCAACCCUGUUGCGUUUUGAAUAGAAUAGAACAAUUCCCACCAUUUCCACCCAGACAGGCAGGUACGCAGAAGGUCUAAAAGCGAUCCACCACUUCCAUCGUUUGAAGCAUUUUAAGCAUUCAUUAUCACUUCCCUUUGUGGUAGUUUUUGUGCAUAAUCAAUAGUUUUAGGAAAGGAAACAAAAUAUAAUCGAUUACUUGUCCAGUUUUCGGUGGUUUUUUUAUCAUAACAAAAAAACAACAACAACAACAACAACAACGGAUCACACUUCGCGUACACACAACAAAGCUCACUGUGAUAGGUCGGUAAGUGUUGUCGCGCGCAUCGGGCAGAUCGGAUCGGAGAGAAAGCAAAAGCAAAAACACAAAAACCAGUAAAGCAACAGCAGAAGAAGAACAAAAAAGACUAGGAUAAAAAGG